AAUUGGCCUGAUUUAACCAAUAAGAGUCCAGCAUUGCACCUAAAGACCACCCUCCAGACAACCAAUAGGACAUCGUGUUGGAAGACAGGGUCAUGUUCAGCUCAAAACACAUGCCUGCUGCUGUUUGAAGAAAGUUCAGUACAGUAAAAGUUGUAUUCAUAAAUCAGUUCUCCUUCAUUCUUUGUACCUGAAGCCAAAAAAGAAGGUGGUUCUACUUUUGUGACCUAAAGGAGCACGAGGUCAUUGCUGAAGUCCUGGCUGUGAGGUCAUUGCUGAAGUCCUGGCUGUGAGGUCAUUGCUGAAGUCCUGGCUGUGAGGUCAUUGCUGAAGUCCUGGCUGUGAGGUCAUUGUUGAAGUCCUGGCUGUGAGGCCUUUGCUGAAUUCCUGGCUGUGAGGUCAUUGCUGAAGUCCUGGCUGUGAGGUCAUUGCUGAAGUCCUGGCUGUGCCGCAGUCAGUAAGGGAUUUCCUGAAUUUGCUCAGAAGUUUCCACCAGUCGGUUGAAGGGUCUGUGUCCCAAGGGUUAAGUACUGUAGUGAUUUCCUGCGAUUCCAUUCUUAGGCUUCAGGCUUUAUGGGGAAGACUGACUGAUCAAUUUCAUAAGAUUAAAAGGAAGGAGAUUAAGCUUCUGUCUUUGUUUCCACCAUGGCAGCUUCUUCCAGCAAAAUAUAAUCCCGGUAUAUAAAGGCAGCAUAAAUUUACGAGCUUUACAGGUCUAAACCUUUUCCACUCAAGAUACUCUCAGAAGUGAACCCCUCAGAGACAUUCAUAUGGAGAAGAAAACCACUCUUCACCUGUGCUCCAAGCAGAUUGGUUUUCUGGAAUCAUUUUACCAUCUUUCCAGACAGACUCAAACUGAUUUAAAAGUACAACCGGUGUCCUUUCGGCCUAUUUUUAGAGAGGCUAGUUUUGUAAAUGGGGUGCAAAGGCGCUUUCAGAGUAACUUGUCAGAUAAAGGUGAGGCAACAGAAGCAGAGGACACUGCAUCAGCCCAACCUCAGCCUUAUUCCAGAUUGCAGUUAUUCCACAUCAGCUCUCUUGCUACCAGGUUUGGGGAGAGCUACAGUUAUGUGGCCCAGCACAUAAACUUGUUCUUUUCUAGAGGUCCAGCCCAGGAAGUCCAGGCUCAGGUGUCUGUUGGGGAGCAAUCAGACAGCAAAAGCGGGCCAAGGAAAUCCAAUUCCAAGGGGGUGGAUUCAGAUCAGGUUCAUCUAAAGGACAACGGAUGGACCUUGGUGGAUUCUAGACCUUUGACUGCAGAUACAUCUGGCACAUGGAAUGAGGGCUAUCUUUAUGUGGCUCGCCGCAUCAAUAGCUAUUUUGGAGCUAAGGUAAAUGACACUGACCAAGAAUCAGUGCUCAAUCCGGAUGUUUCCAGCUCAUGGGAUGAGGGUUAUUUGCAUUUUGCCCACCGUAUAAACAGCUACUUCGGAGCUAAGAUAACGGACGCCACCCAGCAGGCAGUGAAGCAGAAGGCAGCAGAGAUCUGUUCAAACUGUUCAUUAGCUGACAAUACAAGCUGGGAAAACCCACCAGAAGACUACAACCCCAGACUUAGCAACACCUUAUUGACUCCUAAACAGCACGAUUGCGUCAUUCGACCCAAAUCCCUCGGCCUCUUCCACAUAAGCAGUAUUGCGACCAAGUUUGGAGAGGGUUAUGUUCAAUUGGCCAAUCAUAUCAACCAAUAUUUUAGCAGUAAAGAAACUGUGGACAGGAAAUCAGAGGAAGAUGAGAUAGUACAUGGAGACCGGAGUAGUGGAGAGAUUAGUGCUGUGGACAUGCCAGAUUCUGCCCAGCAAAAACCCACGCCGAUGAUUGAUGGACUUCUGAAGCCUGUCUCCAACAUGCUAAGAAGACUAGUAGGAUCGUGGCAUGAAGUGUCUGAGCUUAAGGCUGAGGUUUUUCCAGCUAAGACUAUAUUGACCAGAAGGGUCAUGAGCAGGAAGCGGGCUGAAGAAGAGACCCGGCGUCUGAUUGGCUUACUCCAGCAGGGCCCUAGACCAAGCUCCCUCACUGGCUGCAUCGAGGACCUGAACGGCCACUUAAUUCGGCAUCCAGCAUGCAGAGCAGUAGUAUGGCAGGAGAAGGCAGUUGUCGCGUUGUUAAGCCAAAGACGACGUCUUGCAGACAACCAAGAGCUUCAAUGCGCUAUUAGUGAAACGUUGGCUUUGAUUGGCUACACCGAUCCGGUCAAAGGUCGAGGAAUAAGAGUUUUGUCAAUUGAUGGGGGCGGGACCAGGGGGAUCGUGCCCUUGUGCAUCCUGGAGCAGCUGGAGGAGGCUACGGGAAAGCGAGUGCACCAGCUGUUUGACUACAUAUGUGGUGUGAGCACUGGGGCGGUGGUGGCUUUCUUACUGGGACUGGCGCGGAUGCCGCUGGAUGAGUGCGAAGAGCUGUACCACCGCUUUGGAUCUGAAGUGUUCCGGCAGAACGCUCUCGUUGGGACCAUGAAGAUGGGCUUCACACACUCCUACUAUGACACCGAGACCUGGGAGAGAAUACUGAGGGAGAAAUUAGGGGACAAAGUUCUGAUUAAAACCUCCAGAGAGAAGCUUAGUACAAAGGUUUCAGCUGUUAGCACCGUGGUGAACUGGGGAACCGGCCCAAAGCCCUUCAUCUUCAGGAAUUACAACCACAACCCAAGCCGCAUCAGCCGCUAUGCUGGGAGCUCCGGGUACCAGCUGUGGCAGGCAGUCCGAGCAUCAUCAGCUGCCCCGGGGUAUUUUCAGGAGUUCCCACUCCACAACGAUAUUCACCAGGAUGGGGGUCUUAUCCUCAACAAUCCCUGUGCCCUUGCGAUUCAUGAGUGCCGUCUGCUGUGGCCUGACCAGCCCUUCCAGUGUGUACUGUCACUGGGCACAGGUCGCUAUGACAACACCAGACGGGCCUUAGCCACCUCCACCAGCCUGAGAGCCAAAAUCAGUAACCUGAUCUCUAGCGCCACAGACACUGAAGGGGUCCACAUGCUCCUGGAGGACCUCCUGUCAGAUAACGUCUACUUUAGGUUCAACCCCAUGCUGAGCGCUGAGGUGUCUCUGGAUGAGAGCCGGCCCAAGUCUCUGGAGCAGCUGCGGGUCGACACUCAGCUCUACCUGGAACGGAACCAACACAAGAUGGAAAGGCUGCAUUGCAUUCUGGGGGCAGAGCGCAGUGCCCUGCAGCACACCCGGGACUGGCUCGGCCAGCAGGGCUGGGCACUGCGCCAGCGUUGGAGUGGAGAUUGACACCCAAGCCAGGGACUGACCUAACAUUCUGUGAAUACAGAGAUCUUGGCAGAAACUGACCUCCGUCUUCACAUAUCUGGACCAAGAAUCAUUGGCCACAAAUCCGUGUGUCUGUUAGACACAUGAAUUUGAUCAAAGCCCAGAGUUAACUGAGAUUUUACCUUUAUGUAUUUCAUUUCUCUGCUGUGCUUUUUGCCAGUUAAACUUGCUGACUAUGAACGAGGGUUCUGUCGAUUAGUGCAAUUACAUUGUAUCAUUUUUGUUCUCUGCUGAAAAUGAUCUAUCAGUCACCGGGCCGGAUUUCAUAAUGAUAUAAAAGCAUGUCGUGGGCCGGAUAGACGUGUCUCGUGAGCCGGAAUUGGCCCAGGGCAGUUACUUUGAGAUGCCUGCUUUAUAUAGUUUUACAGCAUAGAUAUUUCAGGUGUGUCAGACUCAUUUCAGUUAAUGGGUCACCUCAGUUCACGACCAGCUCAUGUUAGUCUACCUAUGUUUAGCAGGCUAAUAACUCACAGCAUCUCCAUUAUCUUCAUUGUAGCAUUACCACAGUCUUACAAUGAAUAAAUUCAUUGAUGAUUAAUGUUAAUAUUGCAAUAGAUGCAAAGUAUUACAUGUAGUACAUAAAUCCUGACUCAGCUUAUUUAUUGUAUACAUGCAAUGCAACUGUAUCUAUUAUGAGAACAGUGACAAAAUAAUAUGAUGUUUUUGUAGCCAGUUCAUAUACAAGUUCAUAUACGCCUGUAUUUGUUAUUUAUUUAAAAUAAAGACCUUUU